AUGCUUCGUUGUAAAUUUGUAACUGCGAAACACGGUCUCCACACACUUUUACCAAUUAUGCUCUUUUUUUUCCUCCCAUUUUUAUUUAUUAGUAUAAUACAACGUGAGUUGUCAAUAGCCGGUGUUCCGGCCGUUAUCGCGGCGUACGUAGCGGUGUGGCACCCCGCCGCGCAAUAUGUAGGAUGCAGUGACGGAGAAGAAAAAGCGACUGUUUUAGCCGUAUUAUCGGAUUGCGAGAAGUUCUUGGACAGAGCGGCUUCGAUUCUCUUUUUAAAAAAAAAUUAUAAUUUUUUGAGUCAAAUUACUUAA